UGAGGAAGAAAUCAAAGAGUUGCACAUUAAAUUAAAGGAGCAACAACAGUUGCUACAAAAAAUGGAAGUUACACACAAAGAAGAGAUGCAGCGAGCAGAGGCUCUUCAUAAUCUUAAACUGGAAGCGUUAAGGCUAAGUUCAAAUAACAUACACACAUCCCAGUUGGAACUGAUGCAGACUAAUCUGAGAAAAGAGAAAGAAACUGCCCUUGUGGAGUUGCGCGAGAUGCUCAACGAUAAACAUGCUCAAGAAGUAGCAGUUCUACAAGGUCAAUACCAUUUUGAGCUGGAGCGUAUUAAAGAACAGAGUGAUAAGGAAAAGGAAGAAAUGGCUGUGAAACAUCUAGAUGCCAUGGAUGUUUCAGAUAAACAGAAGAAGGAAAUAGCUCUGGAAAUGGAGAAGACACAAACCCAGUUCUUAGAGAAUCUUAAAAGAGGAUGUUCAUCAGAUACAGACCUCAGUUUAAAAAACUUGCAUGAAGAGUUAUCUGUGAAACAUCAGAUUGAAUUAAAUGAGAUGGAAAGAACCCUACGUGCAGAAAUUGAAGAAGUAAAAGGAAAGUUGAAGAGUCUUUCUCUUGAAAAAGAGCAGGUUGAAAUGGAACAUGAUAUCCUGAAAAACCAGUAUGAUCUGGCCAUGAAAAAGCUGCAGGCUGAACAUGAACAGAAGUUGGAAGAUAUGAAAGAGCAAAGCAAGAAACAAGAAGGAGAAUUACAGCAGGAGGUAAAUAAGCAUAUUUAUAUUGAUUCUUUGCAAGGCUCUUUAUGUUGAUCAAGAUCUGCCUGAAUAUGAGAGUGAAAAGGCAGAGUGG